AUGGCAUUUCCCCCGCAACGAGGCCUGACGCCUCCAGAAAUAGAGUUUCUGUCGGAGAUGGAAAUGGUAACAGUCGUACCUCGACAACGAUUAGACGAACUCGAAUUGCUAUCUGGCCCGACGGAAAAACUCCUACCACCACAACGCGCAACACUCCCACUUUGGCUCGCAAUCCUCCUCAAACGACAACGGCGUGUGAACAUCGUUCCGCCGCAUUGGCUCCAUCCCGAAUGCCUGCAAAUUGUCCUGCAGUUCGAGACAGAAACGAAAGAGUAUUCAGAUACAUUCUCACCACCACCCGUGCUACCUGGUCAACGGAGGGCAGGCGACGAUGGACGAAGACAACCGACCGCUCCUCCCCGACCGAAGUACACACUGGACGGACAACGAUAUUACCCAACACCGCCAUUCCUACCGCAAAAUACCGCGUUAACAGCUACCGAGGCCCAAGACGUGGAAAGAGAGAUUGCCCUACCAUAUCACUGGCUCGAGGUGGGGAAUAUGCUCUUAGACGCUGCUAGCGAUGACCUCACUGAGCCCGACCAAGUACGGCGCCUACUCAAAGAUCUAAGAGAAGUCCGAAUGUCGAAAAUGAGAAAGCGCGUCGAUUCACUAGACGGCGCAGCAACGGCUGGAGGUGGUGUAUCGCUUACCGGCGUCGGAGCCAUGGAAAUUGGCGAAAUGAGAGGGUUUGUCGCGGGAGUAGUUGAGGGACUACGCAAAAUUGGCGCGUCGCGCGAGCAGGCACGGAGAGAACAGCUUGCUGAAGAAGGGUCUGUUCAGGGCUAUACUCAAGAUGACGACGAUAUGGAGUUCUAG